AUGAAAAUUCAGAUAAGUGGCUCUAUACCUUCUUCUUUUGGAAAGCUUUUGAACCUGAAUUCCUUAGCCAUCUCUGAAAAUUUCCUAGUUGGUUCCAUUCCUCUGGUUCUUGGAAACUUGACCAAACUCAAUUCUUUAUACUUAUGGAGAAAUGGCCUCACCGGCUCCAUUUCUAAAGAGAUUGGUAAUCUAAUGAACUUGAGAGACCUUGAAAUAUCUGACAACCAAAUAACUGGUCCCAUCCCAUAUAGUAUUGGAAAGUUGACCAAGCUUGAAACUUUUUACCUGGAUAACAAUACCAUAAAUGGCUCCAUUCCUAGAGAGAUUGGGAACCUAGUGAGUUUGAGAGAUUUUGAAAUAUAUGACAACCAAAUAACUGGUCCCAUCCCACAUAGCAUUAGAAACCUGACCAAGCUUGAAACUUUUUACAUGUUUGACAAUAGCAUAAAUGGCUACAUUCCUUGUGAGAUUGGGAAUCUAGUGAACUUCAGAGACCUUGAAAUAUUUGACAACCAAAUAACCGGUCCCAUCCCACAUAGCAUUGGAAACUUGACCAAACUUGAAACUUUUUACCUGUAUAACAAUAGCAUAAAUGGCUCCAUUCCUUGUGAGAUUGGGAAUCUAGUGAACUUGAGAGACUUUGAAAUACCUGACAACCAAAUAAUUGGUCCCAUCCCACAUAGCAUUUGA